AUGCAAUUAUUAUUUAUAUAUACGAUUCUAUUAUUAUGGUUUAUACAUAUUACUCAACAAGUAACUAUUAAUCGUAAAUUAUAUCCACAACAAAUACAAUUUUCAUCCAUACCUGAACAAUUUAUUGAAGAAACUGAAAGUGUACAAGACAUAAAAGAAGGUGAACACGAAACAACACAUCGUUCUAAACGUUUAAUAGAUAAUCAACAAUUAUCAACAACAUAUCGUAAUCCAUUUGCAUCAUUAUUAAAACGUAAACGACAUUCUAAAUCAACUGAUUCACGUUUAUCUAUAAGAAAAGAUUUUAUCAAUAAUAAUGAUUCAAAAUGUGGUCUAAUGUGUCAUUUAUUAUGUCGUCCCGGUUGUUCUAAAAUUUGUUAUUCAUCUUGUACUUAAAACAUUGUAAUAAUACUAAUAAUAAUACUAGUCAUUUCCAUAUUGUUUUUAUUUUCCUUUUCUUUUCGUUUCUUUUCUUUUCUUUUUUUGCUUAUUAUAAUUGUAUACAUAAUAGUAAAUAAGUUUCUAGUCAUUUAUUUCAAUAACUUUUAUUAUAAUCUUCUACAUGAUAAUGAUACAUUUAACUCUAUUUCAUUAUAAUAAUAAUGAUCAUAUUGACAGACAAUUCUUG